AUGCGCUCUGUUCUCAUUGUGCUGUCAGCAGGUCUGGCUGUCGCGAUGCCUGCUCGUCGCGCCGUCACCGAACUCAACCAAGCUGCCACCGAAGAAGCUCACCAGCGUGACGACACCGCCACACGAGCCUUUUCCAACGUGCAAAUCAAGACGGCAGACGGAAAAUGCCUCUUCGUGGACAAGCUCUCCGGCGACUUCAGAGCCAAUCUUACGCCCGUGCAAGUCGCUACGUGCGGUACCACGGACGGCCAGGGCUGGGACGUCAUCACCUCUGGCAAGCACAACGACCAGCAGGGCCAGGCUCUCAUUGUGAGCACCCUCACGCAGGCAUGCUUGAACUUUGAUCCGCGACGCCAGGCUGGCGAUCAGGUUAAUCUGUUUUCGUGCGGUGGGCGAGCCGAUGGUGGUGGACAGGUUACCAACUCGCAGUUGUUUGCGUUCAAUGGCCAGGCUGGGCCGUUGAGCUUGGUGCCGGGGAAUGGACAGCAGCAGUGUCUGUCUAGCAAGGCGCAGAGGAUUGAUAUUGCGGCUUGUGCGAAUGGUGCGCAGGACCAGAGCUUUACGUUUGGGGGAGCGGUGGCUGGGAAUGGAACUGUGAAUAAUGGAGGUGCUGGUGGAAAUGGGAAUGGCAAUGGCAAUGGCAACAAUGGCCAGGGAAAUGGAAACCAAGGCAAUGCCGGUGGCAACCAAGGUAGCGGUAACGGCGGUCAAGAUGCUGGGAACAACGGGGGCCAGGGGAACAAUGGAAGUGGAAAUCAAGGGAAUGGCAACCAGGGCAACCAGGGCAACAAUAACCAAGGCAAUGGGAAUCAGGGCAAUGGUAACGUGAACAACGGCAACCAGGGAAAUAAUGGCAAUGGCAAUGGCAAUGGCAACGGCAACGGCAACGGCAACGGCAAUAACUCCUGUUCGUGCAAAAACAGGGCCAAGCACAACCAUUAA